CGCUUCAAUUACUCCCAGGUUGAGUUUAGGGUCAAGUGCCCAAAAAGAAGCAUCUUGUUCGACGGCCUGAUUUGCUUUUUCGUUUUUUUUCAUAAACUUCAUCCGUGACCAUGGCCAACCUCAGCAAACUCCCAGACGAGCUUCAACUUGCGACAGCUGCCCAUGUCAAGUACAUCCAAAGCCUUGACACCAGGAAGGAUGAGUACGAAUACUGGCUGACAGAGCAUUUGCGCUUGAACGGACUAUACUGGGGCCUUACAGCUCUUCAUCUCCUUGGUCAACCAGACGCUCUUCCAAGAGCGGAGACCAUUGACUUUGUCUUAUCUUGUCAGCACGAUAAUGGAGGGUUUGGCGCGGCUCCAGGUCACGAUGCCCACAUGCUGUACACCGUCAGUGCCGUGCAGAUCCUAGCCAUGAUUGAUGCUUUCGAUGAUCUCGAGAAACGAGGCAAGGGCAAAGCUGCCGUCGGGAAAUUCAUAGCAGAUCUCCAGAAUCGCAAAACGGGUACUUUUGCAGGUGACGAAUGGGGGGAGGAAGACACCCGGUUUUUGUACGGUGCCUUCAAUGCUCUUUCCCUCCUUGACAUGGUGGACUUGGUGGAUGUCGACAAGGCUGUAGACUACAUCAUUUCGUGUGCAAACUUUGAUGGCGGCUACGGUCUUAGUCCCGGCUCCGAGACGCAUUCUGGACAAAUAUUCACCUGUCUCGCUGCUCUCUCCAUCGCAGGUCGAAUGGAGUCUGUCGAGGUUGAUAAGCUCGGGAAAUGGCUGAGUGAGCGCCAAGUAGCUGGCGGCGGCCUCAACGGUCGUCCGGAGAAGGACGAAGAUGUGUGCUAUAGUUGGUGGGUGUUAAGCAGUCUGGAAAUGAUUGGCCGCACACACUGGAUCGACCGAGAUGCUCUCAUUGCUUUCAUCCUGAGAUGCCAAGACCCCGAGCUCGGUGGCAUUGCAGACAGGCCCGGUAAUAUGGUCGAUGUUUGGCACACCCUUUUCGGGAUCACUGGACUGACCUUACUUGGGUAUCCUGGAUUGGAGCCUGUUAAUCCUGUCUAUUGUCUGCCAAAGUCGACGACUGAUCGCGUUUUGGGCUCGCGGACGUAAGAAAUGUUUAUUUUGAGGCUGGUUCUUGUCGUCCCUUCGCCAUGGAGUGUUGCAGCAUCAUAACCAGUUUUCCUUCUUCAACUAUUUGCAUCCGCUACAAAAGAGUACUAUACACCGUGCUAUGAGGUUUAGUUCUCAAACAUUUGGAUAAGAUUCCACAGAGUCAAACUACCUUUGAUGGCCACCACUCUACCUACUCUAGCCAUCU